AUGACAGUCAUGCCGUCGAAAUCACCUGUUAGUAGUACAAAUCCUACUCAAUCAAAUUCAAUAUCAUCAGGAGACGAUUUAUUACCUAGCGUACAGUAUGCAAAAAUGCGUAUUAUAUCAUCACCUGUCUUUCAAUUACGUGACAUAAUACGUGCUCUAUUAACCUCGAUUCCACCAUCAUGUGAUCUGAUUUCAACAUUUUUAACUUAUGGUCAAGCAUUAGGUGCAUCAACCAUCCAUGGAUAUCUUGUUGAUCGUUGUUAUGAUACACAAACAUUAAUAAAUGAUGAGUUUUCAUCAUAUCAAGGUGUUGCAUUAUGUAUAACAUAUGAUGCAUUAUUAAGUGAACAACAAUGGGAAGAUGUAUUUGGUAUUCAUGAAACAACAUCAACAAUAUCAAAAACAGCAUCAUCAUUUUUUCAUUUAACAGAUUUUUUAUGUAUAUUAAGUGGUUCACGUGUUGUUUAUUAUGAUCCAAAUGAACGUAUGAUAAAUGAUGAACGUGCUUAUGUAUCAAUAUUUGAUCUCGAAAAUGAUGAUAUUGAAAUGUUUCAAGAUCAAUUUUCACCAUUAGAUUAUUUUUUAUUAAAAUCUAAAACAUUUUAUCAUGGUACAUUAAUACGUUUACCAUUACGAACAACAUCUACAGCACAAAUAACAACACAUAUACAAACAUUAGAUGAUAUUAAACAACAAAUAUCAAGAUAUUUUCAUUUAAACGAAUCAUUUAUGGAAUUAUUAUUAACACAAACAAAUAUAAAUACAAUUGAAUUUGAUUAUACAAAAGAUUUUCAAGUAUUUACAAAAUUUUUAUCUAUUGAUAAACAUUCAUUAACAACAAUCCAUGAUGCUCAAUCAACAACACAACUCAUCCAUAUGACAUUAUCUAAACAAGCUGAUGAUAUAAAUACAAGUAAUGUAUCUCGUUGGUUAUUAUCAAUUUAUAAGGAUUAUAAUGAAAACGAUAAACAUGAAAUGCAAUUAAAACUAUUGCUUCCCUUAAUACCUUUUACUCCUUCAUCAGAAACAUGUAUGUCAUCAGUCGUCUCCCGUAAUUAUCAAUCAAUACAAAUAACAUCAUCACGAAUACUAUAUUAUUGUAUAAUACCAUCAUUAAACUCUUUAUCUAAAGAUGAUUUAUGUACACAAUUACGUCAAAUAAAAUUUCCUCAAGCAUAUGCUUUAUUUUUAAAAAAUUUAUCAAGAUUAAUAAAUCCAACAACAACACUAAAUAUAUCAAUUGAUCUUAUUUGGCAAUUAAUGCCUGAUAUUGAUGAACAUCAACGUUUAACUAAUGAUAAUCAAAAUUAUUCCUUACAACAACAAUAUCUUAAAAUGAUUCAUAAUCUUAUACCAGACAUUUGGGUAGAAAUUGGUAAACAAGAAUUAUUCUAUUCAGCUACCGAUGGUUGGGGUUAUGUAGCUAUAGAAGACAUGAUUAUUAAUAAUGUUGAAGCAGGUCCAAUACAAGAUGUUCUUACAUUUGUAUUUUCUGAAGCUAAUGCUCCUAUUGUUAUUCUACCGUCCCAUGUAAUUAAUGGUUUAUGUAAAUAUUCUAAUAAGCAUUAUUUACAAGUAAUGACACCGUUUCAUGCAUCAGAAUUACUAGCAAAAAACUCAUCAAUAUUUUCACGUUUAACAUGUGAACAAAAACUUUCAUUAUUAACAUAUAUUAUAUUGAAUGAUCCUGAUCCAGGUCUUGUACUUGAAUUACAAUUAUUACCAUUAGCUAAUAAUGAAUUUAUAACAUUUCAAGGAAAACAAGCAUCGAUUAUUUAUAUAAUGGAUCGUAAUUCAGAUUUUUUAAAAUUAUUUCAAGAUAAAAACUAUGAUAAAUUUUUAAAUCCAAAUAUUGAUAAAAAAUUAUUUGAUAUUUUAUCAUCAGAAAUUUUUCAAGGUAUGAUUUGGUUUUCUUUCGUUGUAUUGUAUUCCACAUUUUUCUGA